AUGGCUCACUCGCCGCCUGCGCCAUCGCGGCCUCCACUCCCUCAGACACAGACGUCCUUUUCGCGCAACUUCAGUUCUGCAAAUGGCAGACCCAGCCCGCUUGGUCCCCAGUCACCUCCGUUAGCCAUGAACAACUACUCCUCACCUUCGCCUCAAGCAUUCUCGCCUCAGCAAUAUUUUCAGCCGCCAGCUGCUAAGAGACCCAGAUUGUCUCCCGAUGUUCAGUCACCUUCUCCUGCCCAAAGCUUUCCUCCCACCCCAACGGCCCAGCCAACCACUCCGAGUGGAAAUGCUCCCGUGAAUGGCUCAGCCGUACCAUCCACGGGGCAAGGAUUAAUGCCUCCUCCUCAGCGUCCGCCCGACAAAGCAGAAGAUCGGAACUAUGAAGAUAUUUUGGUGGGAACCGGCAUAAACAUUGAAGAGGAGGCUCGAAUGCUUGUUCAAAAUGACUACUUCGGCUCUUCUCGGACGGCCACUACUAGCAGCUUUGAAUAUCAAAACAAUUCCUUUCCGCGGCCCGGAUCCAGUGGAGGCGCAAGCGCCCCACAACAAGAACAGGGAGAGGAACUUCCCCAGGAACAUCAGCCGUCAGAGGAAGAGAUGAAAGAGAGGAACGAAGCGCGCGCCGACUGGGAAGCGUCCAGAUACAGCCAGUAUCCUCUGUGGGACAUGUUUUUGUUAGGCGGAGCGCUCAACGAAAAGAUUCGAAAUAUCAGCAUCACCGAACAUUUGGUUGAUCCACAGUCUGGAGUGCUAGUUAAUACCCAAAAGCAUAUGCCCCCGCCCACAGUGCGAGUCAACGGGCUGGAAGGCGCCUCGCGCAUCAUCGACAAGGGGCAAGCUAUUCUCGACACUGGGCAGAAGGGUGAGCGACUUUCGGAUAUCAUGAAGGUCAUCAGUCUGGCAACACGAGCUCGGAUGACUGGUUUACUGAGCGCCUCUUCGAGACUUGCAAAGGAACGCCGGCAGCAUUCCACAGGAAAGGUACCGGAGGAGUGGCAAGAUAUAGCAGUUCAAGCCAAGCCAGCAACCGAUGUCCCUGACGGAGCAGCCAGCCCAGCAGCCAGCUCCAGCUUAAAGCGCACACAUUCCCAAGCAAACAGCGACUCCCCAUUUCGCCAUGAGGAGAUACCGGGUCCUAUACGUCUAAUAUCUACAUUCGAAAAAGUUUCACAAGCAGAGAGGGCAGCAGAGGAAGCGCGCCGACAAAAGAGAGCCAAACGAAAAGCCGCCAAACAAGAAGAAGCAGGCGCAACAGCAACCGAGACUAAUGCGACGCCGGAGGCUGCCACUGUUGCCAAUCUGGACGCGGAGAAGAAGACGACGAAGAAAGAGAGGAAACUAGCAGAGAGCAAAUUCUCCGAACAGCAACAACACAAGUCGGCCAACGAAGCGGCACGAAUGGCCGUAGCGGGUUUAUUUGGCAGUCGCUUGGGCGGCAAGAAGUCAAGAACUUACGACUGGAUGAAUGCUGGUAAAGCAGGAGGAAGUCCUGCGGCAACUCCAGGCAAACCGCCAGCGUCAGCUGCACCGUCGACAGCGGGGACACCGGCCCCUGAUCGAGCUCGAACUAUUCCAAAAGAAAAGCAGUUUGGUAACUGGGAUGAAGAUAAGGACGCUAAGAUCCAGGCCCGAGACGUGUUACUCGUGCUGGAGAGCGAUGGGCGCGCCUCACGUUCAUAUGUGAGAGGCCUCAGCCUUCCGGAGAAAACUGAUUCUUGA